AUGGAAAUAGGAGAGAAGCAAGGAGAAGCAAGGCAUGGCCAACGGUGUUAUUGUGGGAAGUUAGCACGGAUGCAGACUUCUUGGACCAGUUCAAACCCAGGGCGGAGAUUUCUAGUCUGCCCAAAGUCAAAGAGGUUACAAAUGGUGACAUGA